GAGCACUUCGAGAGAAACUGUGCGAUCGGAAUUCAGGGGUCGUCUCAUGCACGCAGCUUGGCCUUCAGCUUGAGCUCAUUGUAGGAGAAGACUCGUCGUCCUGGCAAUCGCCAUGCCUCGGGCCAUCUGGAAGGGCCCUUUCGUGGACGCUUUUUUGCUGAAACCGGAGCGGCUGGCGGCAGCGGCACAGCGGCUCAAGAUCUGGUCGCGGCGCUCCACGGUGCUGCCCGAGUUUGUGGGCAAGGUGUUCUCCAUCCACAACGGGCAGAAGUUCAUCAACAUCAAGGUCGCCGAUGACAUGGUGGGCCACAAGUUUGGGGAGUUUGCCAAGACCAGGAAAGCGCCAGUCCACAAGAAGAAGGACGCUAAGAAGUAGCACAGAAAACUAGGGUGGGCUGCGCGUCAAUUCGCCCAGCGCCAGUAGGAUUCGAUUGAUUUUUGCAUUAGUGGCACCUGUCGUUCGCCAUGGACGGCUAUGGCAGCCUGCGCGUGGCGGCCAGCCACAACGGCGUGAAAGUGUACAACAUCUCGGGGGGCAAGAGCGUGCCGCAGUGGCUCUCGGAGAAGAAGCGGCGCGCGCUGCAGAAGGAUGAGGGCUACCUGCGGCGCAUCGAGCUCAUCCAGGACCUGUCCUUUGACACGGCCGCCACGCGCGUCAAGGCCACCCCCGACAACAACUUCCUGGUGGUCUCCGGGGUGUACCCGCCGCAGGUCCGCGUGUACGAGUUCAGCCAGCUGUCCAUGAAGUUUGAGCGCCACCUUGACUCGGAGAUUGUGGACUUCCAGGUCCUGGGCGAUGACUACUCGAAGCUGGCGUUCCUGUGUGCGGAUCGCACGCUGCAGUUCCACGCCCGCUUUGGCGCCUACUACAAGACGCGCAUCCCCAAGUUUGGCCGUGCGCUGACAUACGACCGCUGGUCGUGCGACCUGCUGGCGGCGGCGUCGUCCCCCGAGGUGUACCGCCUGAACCUGGAGCAGGGCCGCUUCCUGGCGCCGCUCACCACGCGCUCCCCGGGGGUCAACGUCGUGGGGCGCAGCCCUGCGCACGGGCUUAUUGCGUGCGGGGGCGAGGACGGUGCGCUGGAGUGCUUUGACCUGCGCUCGCGGCAGGCGGUGGGCAGGAUUGACGCGGCAGGGCCUGCGGGGCCGGGGCAGCAGGUGACGGCGCUGCGCUUUGAGGAGCAGGACGGGCUGGCGCUCGCGGUGGGGACCAGCGGGGGGCAGGUGCUGGUAUACGACGUGCGGUCGUCGCGGCCGGUGCGCGUGAAGGACCACCUGUACGGCUGCCCCAUUGUGGACAUCAAGUACCACACUGCGCUCGCCAGCGGGCAGCGCCACAUCAUCUCCGCAGACACCAAGAUUGCCAAAAUCUGGGAUCCUACAACUGGCGACAACCUGAGCAGCAUCGAGCCUGCCGGGGGCGACAUUAAUGACGUGUGCGUGCUGCGCGACAGCGGGCUCCUCCUGCUGGCGCUGGACGCGCCGCGCCUGCAGAACUACUUCAUCCCCGCCUUGGGGCCCGCCCCGCGCUGGUGCUCCUUCCUUGACAACCUCACCGAGGAGCUAGAGGAGGCUGCGGGCGGCGGCGUGUACGAGGACUACAAGUUUGUGACGCGCGCCGAGCUGGCGACGCUGGGCCUGGCGCACCUGGUGGGGAGCAACCUGCUGCGCGCCUACAUGCACGGCUUCUUCAUCGACCACCGCCUCUACAACAAGGCGAAGGACCUGGCGGAUCCGUUUGCGUACGACCGCUACCGCGAGGAGCGCGUGCAGGCCAAGAUUGACGCGGAGCGUGCCGCCAGGAUCACGGUGAAGCGGCGGCUGCCCCGCGUGAACCCGGAGAUGGCGGCGCGCCUGCUGCUGGACCAGGACGCGGCCACCGCCGCCAGCGACGACGACGCGGGCGAGGCCGCGCGGGCGCCCGCCAGGAAGAAGGCCCGGGGCCUGCCCAGCCUGCUGGAGGACGACCGCUUUGCUGCACUCUUCAAGGACCAGGCGUUCGCGGUCGACCCUGCGUCGGAGGAGUACCAGGCGCUGCACCCCAACGCGCCGGAGCGGCACGCCAAGGAGCGCGCGCUGCUCGAGGAGCACUUCCAGGACGUCGACUCCGACGACGAGCCGCCUCGGGCGCAGCAAAGCGGCAGCGACACCGGCAGCGAUGCGGGCAGCGAGCCGGAGGAGGACGUGCGCAGAAGCAAGAGCAAAAGGGCGGGAGAGGGCAAAGCGGCGUCGCAAGAGGGGCCCAGGAUGUACGAGGUGCGGGACGAGCGGCACGCGGCCGCCUUCCUCCGGGGGCAGUCGUUGGCCGCGGCAGCCAAUGAGACGCUGGGGGAGCGGGUGGCGCGGCAGCAAGCGGACGCAGCGGCAGGGCCGGGCGCGAGAGUGGGGGGCAGCCGCGAGACAACGUUUGUGGCGCGCACCAAAGACGAUGGGGAGCUGCGGGGAAAGGGGCUGGGGCGGGAGGAGGGCGGGGACAGAAACCGACGGCAGGGCCAGCGGGGGGUCAAGGCGCUCAAGCUUCCAGGGGAUCGGGGCAGGGGGCGGGGAAGGGGGCGGGGAGGGGGGCGGGGCGGGGGUCGGGGAGGAGGGGGAAGAGGCGGGGGAAGGAAAGGCAGGAGAUGAUCUGAUGAUGCACCAGUUGCAUUCUUCAAAGUCCGUAUGUCACAAGAGACGAUGUGCUGAUGCAGUAACAGGUCGGUAUUGCUCAUGGAAAGCGCGUGGAACGGUGGGGCAGAGACUCGCCGACCAAAAUUCGCUCCGAGACAUAGCUGUUCGACGCCACUCAUCUGGCCAAUGGUUAAGGAACGUUUAUCCGGCCAGACGUUCUUGCAAUUCCUCAUAAAUUCCCUUGGUUACUCGUAUUGGAGGAGUCAUUCACUAAAAACCUUAUCAGUCGUGCUGGUGUUUUGUUUAGCCAAUCUGUCGGCCGCGGAGCUGAAAGGCAGCCAUGCAUUGAAAGCGUACAAUUCUUUUCACAUUGUAGAAAAAUAAUUCCGCUGUUUGCCGCGCCG